UCACUCAAAUUGUCGCGCACCUGUUGGGAUUAUGUAUUUGUACAUAUGUAAAUCCUUAAUUGUUGUCUAAAGAAAGCACACAUCGACCCAUAUAUAGCCGUGUCAAUAACGAAAGACGUGUCGAUACAGAAAAUGGGAUUUAUCUACCACACAAGACAAUGGAGCUUGUCCCAGUCAGUUGCUUUCGCAGAGUGCCGUGUGCAAAGUGUUAAAUCUUCUCGCGAGGAUCGGGCGCGCGCGGUGUUGUGUUCCGAAGGUGCACCUGUAAUUGUUGACUUGGACAGUCUGCCAGGAACAUUCUAAACGUGAGCUGAAAACAGGUGAUUCACUACAGCCUGCUCAAUUCCACAUCUUACGCGGGAAGUACGAUUGUCGAUAGCAACAUCAAUACAGAUUCAAGAUGGCCCAGAAGUGCCCUGUGUGCAGCAAGUCUGUGUACUUUGCAGAGGAACUGAAAGCAAUUGGGAAGACAUUCCAUAAACUCUGUUUGAAAUGCAGCAAGUGUAACAAGCUGCUGGACAGUACAUCCGUGAACGACCAUGACGGCAGCUUGUUCUGUCGAUCCUGCUACAGCAAGAACUUUGGCCCAAAGGGGUACGGCUUUGCUGCAGGGGGGGCAGGACUCUCUACAGAGUAUGGCAAGAGCAGCCAAGUUCGGAGUGGUGGGGGGUCCGCUGCUUCAACUGAUGGGCGGCCCAAAUUUGGUGGAACUGAACAGUGCCCCCGAUGUAAGCAAGCAGUUUACUUCGCUGAAGAGGCAAGAGCACUGGGGAAGAAGUUCCACAAGAAAUGUCUUGUCUGCAAUAGCUGCAAUAAGUCCUUGGACAGCACCACUCUCACAAAUCAUGAGGAUGAGAUAUUCUGCAAGUCGUGUUACGGGAAGAAAUUUGGUCCUCGGGGAUAUGGCUUCGCAGGAGGUAGUUCCGGCCUCAGUAUGGACACCGGCAGAGCAGGGGAGGUAACUCAGGAUAAUGUUUCCUCCCUAGCUAAGGCCCAAGCUGUAUCCAUGGCAACUAAUGGUGAUGGUCCUAGGGUAGGUGGCGCUGAUGCCUGUCCCCGCUGCAACAAACCAGUGUAUUUUGCAGAGGAGAGGCGUGCACUGGGGAAGAAGUAUCACAAGCUCUGCCUGUGUUGUACGGAGUGCAAGAAGCAGUUGGACAGCACCACCCUCACCAACCACGACAACCACAUCUACUGCAAGUCCUGCUACGGCCGACUGUUUGGACCCCGGGGCUACGGGUUUGCCCAGGGCGGGGCAGGGUUGUCCAUGGACACUGGGAAAGCUGGCGAGAUCAGCCGAGACAAUGUGUCGUCCUACAGCAAGGCGCAAGUGGUAAUGGACAGCAAGGGAGAUAAUGGUGGUGGCAACAAGUUUGGUGGAGCUGAUGCCUGUCCCCGAUGCGGGAAGACCGUCUACUUCGCUGAGAAAAUUGUUGGGGGAGGACGGUCGUGGCAUAAGAUGUGUUUCCGCUGCGAGGAUUGUAACAAGGCCCUGGAGUCCACCACACUGUGUGAGGCCGGAGACAAGAUCGUCUGUAAAUCCUGCUAUGGGAAGACCUAUGGACCUAAAGGAUUUGGAUUCGGAGCUCUCAACGCUACUACCUAAACUGCUGUGUCUGAACUGCUUCAGCCAGUGUUGUGGAGCUUUGUAUUAUUCACGAACAACACCUGUAUCUGAUAACUGUAAUGUUGAACACCUGUAUCUGAUUACUGUAAUAUACACAGACAUUUUAUGAUAUGUGGAGACAUGUGCGUUCACUGUUAAGAAUAUUUACACUUCACAACUGGCACCAACUAAAUGGAGUUUCUGUUUUGUUAAGUUUAACACAAUGCAUUAAUCAUCUGCUGAAAGUAAAUUUGCCUAAUAUAAUUCUUCAUGUCCUUUUUCAUAGGUCAUGGUAGCCAAAAUAAUUUGUAUGACCAGUGAUUACUUAACUACUUGCAACUUUUCAAACUUGGUGAUGGAGGGGGAGCCAAAUUGUCUGUAUGCACCCCAAGUCACUGGGCGGAGUUGUGUCCCUUAGGCGUGACAGGAUCUUAAGAUUGUGGGUUAGAAUCCUUGAAUCGCCCUACUUUUAUGAUGUUGGGUUCUCAGCACCACAGCCAUGCUCAUUGUUUGCACUAAAAUAUUGUAUGUCUGUGACCUGAAUCACACCAAGAUAUAACCGAACUACUGUUUGAAGCAGUGUUGAACACAACUCACUCACUCACUCAAAGUUGGUGAAGCCGUGCAGAGAUCAUGGAGACAUAUUCCUUUUUUAGGUCUCAGUCACUGAAAGAGAAUUUGAACAUACCAGUUCCUAAUUUGCAAAUUCUGUUAAAUUUGGUUCUGAAAUAAGAUCAUCAAAACUACUUUUGCUACACUGGCUUAUCAUCCAAACAUAUCAUACAUAUGGAGAACAAUCUGAAGACUUUGUUAUGACCAAGGACUGUCUGUUGUUGAACAAAUGUCAUUAUGGGCUGAAAAACGUGUCAUAUGCUUAUAAUUCACAAAAUUAUUAUUUGUUUUUUGUUUUUUUUAAUGCUGCACUCAGCAAUAUUCCAGUCACGAGACAGUGGCCUGUAAAUAAUCGUUAUUGUGAGCAACUAUCCACGCAGUUGCAAUAUGUUGCCACACAAUCAACCAUGUCACCGAGCCUGACCUCCCGAUCCAUUUUAUCACCUCUCUUGACCAGCAUAGGUUGCUUGGGACCAAUUCUAACCCGGCAUCCCCAAUGGUGUCACAAGUUUGUGAUGACCUUGAGUUAAAAAACUUAGUUAUAGGUUCCGUAAGACACACAUUGUACUUGCUAGCAAUAACUAAUUGCUUGUCAGUACUUAUCAGUUGUUGAUCAUGUUAUCAAGCCCAGUCGUCAUCCAGUGAACCUAGCAAGGUAAUGAAUAUCAGUGAUGUCAAUGUUUCUGAUUGGGAUUUUGAAUUGUUAUGACAUGUGUUUACCUUUAUUCACAGCCAAAAAGUGAUCUUAAGACUUGCCUAGCACUAGUGCUAUCACUCCGAGAAUAUAUAACAUGGCAAUAAAGGUGGUCUCUAAUAACAUUUAUUUAUAUGUACCCUUUGACAAACCGUGACUUAUAUCUCAGUUAAUCAGUAUCACAGGGCAACUGUAGCUAGUACAAAUACUCAUGUUAUUGUAUGGUUUGUAACACUUCAUCUGUACAAUAAUGGCAGUGGUAUAAAUUAUAUGUACUUGUAUGUUGUGUACUGCCAUUCCAUUUGUUUAAAUAAUGUUAGUGUUUUCCAUAUAGAUGCAUUCUAGCUGUCUUUAGGUCUUUCAGAUUUAUUUUUAAUUUAUAUUUUGGGCACUGGAAAUUGCUUGAUUCCUUGUGUUGCUUACAAAAAACCAAUUCUGUUCCCAUUUUAAGUUAUUUUGGAAGUAAAACAAUAAAAGAAGGCAGAGUUUAAUGGUGGUUAAUUGUGGAGAAAAUAGUCCUUGUAAGUUGAGAAUUCCGUUAUUUAGAAAAUGCCUACAUGAUUGGCUAAUUGUUCAUUUUCCUAAAAAUGUGCCAUAUUCAAAAUUCAAAGCAAGGUCUUGGGUUUCAAUUUAGCAGAAUUAGCAAGAUUCUACUUCUCUUACUACCCAACUUUGUUAUUCAGGCAGAGUAUGUCAACAUCCAUGUUUUAACGAUGAUGAAAUAUAUAUCAAUUAUCAUGAUGAAUUAAACUAUCAGUUAAUGUCCUUCACCCUCCUCAGACAUCACACUUUACUCAAGGUCAAGGUUAUGUUAUCCUUGCGACAUAAUAUUACACAUAUUUUGAUAGAUAUUCAGUAUUUGUUUAAUGGGUAUAUUGGUGUGUAGAUUAUAUUUUAAUCAAGCCAGUUAUUCCAAGACAAUUUACCCUGACAUAAUAUUCAAUAUUAUUUAGAAUUAGAUUAAGUGUUGGAUGUUUUUUGUGUGAGAUAUUUCAGAGUAAUUUCGUCCACCUGUAUCUUGAGUGUUUGAUGGUGCUUCAGUUCUUGUUGAAUAUAUCCUGGUUGUUUUCUAGUCGCUUCUUGUUCAUGCUUUUUUUUAUGUGGGACCUGUUUUAAUAUGUGCUUGCGUAUUUUGCCAUUGCUUGAUAAAUCCAAUUAUCACAUCUUUUACUGAUACGACACCUAUCUACGUAAAUAUCUGAGGAUGCCUCCAUGGAAGGUGUACACUGAGUGAUGCAUGGGUUCAUGAGCCAACCAGAUGUCAGAAUUCUAAAACAAUUCAGAUUUAUUUCUUUACCAUCUCAAUUCAGAAAUUUUGAUCUUAGCAAAGAAAAUUGUCACAGAACACAAAUAUACCCUUAAUACAUGUCGUGCACUCUCUCUGGUGCUCAGAAAUGACAAGAUGUAUAAAAUAUCUUCAUCAAUGAAAUAACACAGCUUCAGAUGUUUGCAUUCAGAACUCACCAGUUUUUUUUGUUUUCAAGAUACAUAAAUCACCUGUAGUUGUCUGAAUACUUUGCUCACUCAUACCGAGAAUAUAGAAGCCUUGAUGCUGAUUGGCAGAUCAGAAAGUUCACCUGAUACGACCUGCUAUGGAGGUGUCCUUGAUCUUCACACAGAGGUAACGUAUCAGAGUAAAAGAUCUUGUAUAUGAUGAUGAUGAUUAUUAUUAUUAUGAUGAUAAUGAUGAAGAUGGUACCCUGUUAUCGGGAGGUAUCACAACAUGUCUGCCUAAAGUAUCGAUACAUAUCGCACCUCCUCAGUCAAGAUACGCUAUGAAUCCUGAUGAUAUAUUUGUGCCAUUUUUCCAUGUGGCUCUGCUAACGCCAAGUUAUCAAACAGUUUGUGUUAAGGUAUUAUGCAGUCAAAUAUAGAGUUAUGAUUCUUGAAAGGUAAGGUAAUGCUAGACUGGUAUUUAUUAUUUGCAGCAUGUUUGAAGAAUUGAAGCAUGAAUUAAUACAAAAUUAAAACAUGAAUUUACACAUGGAUAGGUGUAUCAUGUAUUGUAUCUUCAGGGGAAAAGUCACUAUGAAUCACUACUUUUGUGUCACUACUGUCAUCAUGUAUACAUGGAUAUAUGUAUGAUUUAGAACCCCAGUAAAACAACAUUAAGGUUGUCCAAGAUUGGGAUUUUUUAAAGUUGUUAUUUGCUUAGAUUCAGAUGACUUGGCAUUGCAAUAAAUGCAAUAAUGUCAAAAUGAGGAUUAAACCUUUUCUCUUUAUGCUGUUGAUCUGGGAUCUGAUGUUUGCCUGUUGAGAACAUUCUGAUAAUUCCAUAAUAUGAGAACAAGCAGUGUUGAGUGAGCUCCUUACACAUGAUUUCUGGUUAUUUUUUACAUGGAAAGAAAGUUUUGUGCAAACAGCAUAUGAUGAUAAAGAAAUGUAGUUGUGUCAUAUAGUCGAAAUGUGUAAUGUUUGUUUAUUAUAUUCAGGGGUAAACCUGGGUUAUUUGUUUUAGGGGUCCAGGUGACUCAAAGUCUCUAAUUGCAUUUUUUUAAAUGAUUACAUAUGGAAAUUAAUUUUAAGUGGUACCAAGUUAUGAAUAGCAGUAUUCAUUUUUACACAUGCAUGCAAAUUUUCUUUAUCUGUUUUUCAAUAUAUGUGCGUAUAGGAUGAAAGAUUUUGCGUCAAGUAAAUCACUGUAUUGUGGUUUUGUCAUUUUGUUCAUCUGUUAAAAAGAUGAAGGAACUAAAAAAGUAUUUGCAGAGAAUUUUUCUCCAUGAUCUGAUUCUGAUCUACUUUGAUGCAAAAUUCUCAGUAAAACUGAUUUUGUUGCACUUUUAUAACAUUCAGCUCUUGAAAUACAGUUGGAAGGAAUGAAAGGACCAAUAAUGGAUGGAGAUGAGUUUUGUCUGUGUUGGUAAAGCCAAUUGAUAUUAUGUAACUUGAAUGGAUGCUGUCAUCUUGCCACAACAUGAAAGCAACAUUAAUAGUUUCACCAGUCUAGUUUCAACCAGUCGGGACAGUAGACAUGGUAAAUGUGUUAAAAAUAUUUGUACAGUCAACAUGUAAAGAGAAGACAAAUAAGAAUGAUUUCAUUUCACAAAGUCAAAUGGUGAUCAUCUGCUUAAGGAAAUAUGAUAUUUACUUCCAAUUGUUAAAAUAGCAAUAAAACAUUGGAAGUGCUUUCACACAAAUGAGAAUUAUUUAGUUUCAGACUGAAAUCAAAAGUUGUGUUUAUGAAUAGUUUGAAAACUUAAGACCAUUGAUACUAUUACCAUUCACGUUUACUUGGCCAUUCCAUGCUGUUGAAUAAAAAAUCUUUGUUUACUUGUACAUUUAUGCACCACCUUCCCAUUUUUCCAUGUAUUUUGUAUGAGAUGUUAUGAUCUCAGGUCCUUGAUAGUCAUUUAGAAGUUGGUGGACAUAGAAACACAGGCUAUACACUGUACUUCUCAAAAGAAGGACCACCUGAUUCUCCAUAAAAUAAUGAUGGAACUGGAAGUUCUUCAACUUCGUUUGAGUAGUAUAUAUGGAUUUCAAAUUCUCUAUUCUGGUCUGUCUCCCUCUUAUAUCUAGAGGGCAUUUCUUGAUGUGUAUUCUUCAGUUGACGAAGGGGCAAGAAGUAGCUGCUAUAUGUUGUUGAAUACAGAAUUUGAAAAUUCAAAUCUUGUGUUGCGGUAAUUAACACUUUCCAUAAACUCAUGUGAUUGAAUUUAGCCUUUGACACAGAUUAUUGCUCGGAAAGUAUUUGAUUAGAAUGAAGAAUGCAGACUUUGAAUUAGGUGUAUGGACAUUAUGAAAUUCAACCAAUAUUUAAUUUAAUUUUUGCAGUACUGUACAAAUUUGUUCUUCUUUGAUUGUUGAAGGUUCUUGGGAUCAUUUCUUUGAUAUGUUGUAUGUUAAGAUUACAACCAUAAAAAAAAAGUCAACAUGCCUUCUAUUAUGAUAUGGUUUGUCAGUUGUCUUGUAGGUUAAGAAAGAGGAAUGUGAUAGUGAGGAAAAAGUGACAAUAAUUGUCCAGUAACUAACAAUGCAGGAUAAUAGUGUUGUAAUUGUAUCAUGUUCCUGCUAAUUGAAUUUCAUGGUAUUUUUAUUAAACAUGAAAAACUGUAGUUCUAGCAUGAUAUAAACCAAAUAAUGUUUCAUAACUUUCAUUUACAUAAUUAGAGCUUUGAGCUUAUGAUGUAGUUCAGUGUAGCAAUACCCAUAGUGAUUUAAUACCUAUCUUUGUCAAGAGGUGUUAAUUUGAACUUAAAUAGUUUUAAUGAGAUUCAGCAAUAGUUGGUUAGCCCUUGAAAAAUCUUCAUAAAAUUUGAUUCUUACAUUGCCUUUAUUUGUCACAUUUGACAGCAAUUAUCAGAGGAAUAGAUAAUACGCUCCUUUAGGUCUUAACACCGGGAUAUGACUGGAAUACUGCAUACUGUUGAAAUUAGUGUUAAGCCAACUCACUCGCUCUUUUAGUCUCAGUUGAUUGACAAGUCAGCAUCCUGACACCACACAGGUGAUUGAUCUCCCAUCUCGCUUUUCUAUAACAACUGCUGACACCUCUUUUGUGUAUAGGCAUGAACCGGGGCCUUUAAGCUAGAUUACUGGUAUUAAUUUCUACAUUAGUCCAUAAUGGCUUGCUUGUGGUACCAAGCAUCGGUGGGGCAUUGUCUUUCACACUUUGCCUUCCACAGUCUUUCAUGGAACUGUUGUCAGGGUUGUGAUUGCUUCUAUGUAUUUUCAUAGCCAAAUACAUAGAUGCUUGUGUUUAAAUACUCACAGAGGGCAUCUCUUAACAAAGUUAUGGAUUAUAUUUUUUGUGGGUUUUUAUUCAAUCCAUAAAUGUGGUGCUUUGUUGAAAAGUAAUCCCAUCCUUUAUUCUCAUUUAUGUCAGUAGACAAUAAUAGGGAAAUUUUCAGAUUAGGAAAAAUGUUUAAGAAUAUGAAAAGACAGUUGAUGCAAGUUUUUAGUUUGAAUUAUAAUGAUUGUGAUUUGGAACUUUUAAUAAAAGUCAUUCUUUCAUUUUUUUAGAUAUUAGGGUUUGUUUAUAGGACUGCUACCAUCAGAAACAAGUACAGGUUUUCAAAAACAAAAUGACAACACCUUAAAGUCACCACCACAAUAACUGGAGUUUUCUUGUGGUAUGACACGAGCACUUGCCAAACUGCUGUGUGUUUAAUGAAUUAAGAAUUAACUGUUAGGUUUUAUAUAAGAACUACAAUGCAUUGUAUAUAGUCUCUGGCGACUGUACAAGCUCUGUACAGAGAACAAAACCUUCUCUGACAGAAGUUAAGAAAAUAAGUAACAUCCUCCGCUAUAAACGGAUUCAGUUUGCUAUGUUUGCACACUAAUAGGACUCACUUGAGCUAGCCUGUGAGUAAAAAUCUGUAAACAAUAAAAAUGGUAAAGAAGUGUUGCCUAAUCCUAAAAUGUAUUUCUUACUUUUCAAAUUUGACAUAUGUUGACAGAUAUGAAAGUAUGCUUCUUUUCGUUUUUAGAAUAUUGGAACAGUAAAACAACAACUUCUUUCAGUGGCAUUUAGUAGUUGGUGUAUGAAGAAAGACAAGUUCUAUGGAUGAACAACUUCUUUAUUACAAUUAGUGACGUUUCGGUGUAGAUCCUAACACCUUUAUCAAAACAACAGUUAUGCAAAGCAGCCACACUACCUCCAUUCUGAAUGUAAAACUUGUAAACCUAACUGAUGUGUUUUGUUUUUGAAAUGUCAUUUGAUUUUUGAAGAAUUGGUUCAGAUUAUUUGACAUUUCUGUGAAAUCAAUCAUUUUUACAGAUUGUGUAUGAUCAUUCAGGUAGUUGCCAUGGAUACAAAUGUUUUCAUUAGUGAUUAGAUAUGUUAGUCAUUGUUGAAUGAACCUCAGGUACACGUAGUGUACUGUUUAUGUUACUCCAGGGACCAGAGAAAUAGUUCCACACAUCCGACUCGAUAUUAUUAACAUCUACCCUAUCAGACCAAAGAAAGCAAACAUACGAAAUUGUGCAUGUUAUUUAAGUAACAUUUCAAUAAUAUCACAGGAUUAUCUUGACGUCAUAUGACUGAUGUAAUGAGGGUAAGUGUUAAUUUAUUUUUAACCCUUGGGACUAUAAAUUAAUUCAACACAAAACCGGGAAUGUGACAUCCACUUUGACACAUUCAGGUUAAAAAAGUGAUAAAUAUAGUAAGAGUUUACUGGGACCAGACUGAGUUCACACAACCAGCUAUUUAAAAGGUUCCAGACAUCAGGAUUCAACUGUAGAAGUAACAAUAUAAUGACUGUUACUUAUGUUAGAUAUGAUAACUGCCUUAUACAAUACAUAUGGGUAUGAGGAGCUAUUCUGUCCUGCUUGUCCCAGCCAGUCCGAGGUGCUGCAAUUCGCUGUGCAGAGCUGGAAUACUGUUGUGGCAAAGUGGCAUUAAACCAAACCCAACUCACUCACUCAGUGGGUACAGGACCUAUUCUGUCCUGCAUGGCCCACUUGACAUUAUCCGGGGAUUGGAUCUUAGCUUAAAGGAUAAACCUUGUAAAUAACAUUGAUAAAAGCAAAUCUCUUUUGUUGCUUGAUGCAAUUUCAGCCUUUCACGAAACACUUUUCUUCCAUGGCUAAUAUUAGAAAGUUCAUUGUUAAGGUUUAAAACAUUCCUUUGUUUCUUGAAUGUUUAGUUUGAGCAGGAUUGAAAUGAAAGUUUCAUAGACAUGCAUGCAGCCAUGUCAUUAAGGUGUAUAUAGUGGUGCUGCUGGAGGUUAUGAAAAUUGUGUUGGUAGAAGUAUCGUACAACUUUGUGGAUAACAACUUCUGGUUUAUUGCAUAUAGUGAUGUUUGAUGUAUCACAACAUGUCAUGCAUAUGUACCUCUCAUCACUUGGUUGUCACUCCAGCUUGAUAAUGGUGUAAGGUUCUACAUCGAAACCUCGCUAUAUGCAGUAAUCCAGAAGUUAUUAUCCACAAAGUUGUAUGUUUUCCUGAUUACUAACUUCUAGAAUGCCAAUCAAACCGUUAUCACUUCACGUUAUCUUUUUAGUAUAAACAGGAAUAUUGCUCUAGACUUGGCGGCAUGAGACAUGUUACAAUAUAUAUGCAUGUGCAUAUGAUUAUGUUAUCUUUAGUUUGUUAAUGUUUCACCAUUAAAGCUUACACGGACUU